AUGGCUCACCAAGAUGAACAUGAUCGAGGAACCAAAAGAUUUCACUACCCACUCGACCCAAACAGCUACCAAAUCCUCGAUCAAAUCGGCAGAGGAUGCAGUGCCAUAGUCUAUAAAGCCCUAUGCACCACCACCUCCGCCAUUGUUGCUAUCAAAUCCAUCGACCUCGAUCGAACAACCACCGAUGAUUUCGAUAAUGUCCGCCGUGAAGCGAAAACAAUGUCCCUUCUAUCUCACCCUAAUGUUUUGAAAGCUCACUGCUCCUUCACCGUCGGCCGCCGUCUCUGGGUUGUGAUGCCUUUCAUGUCAGCAGGCUCUCUUCAGUCCAUCAUGGCUUCCUCUUUCCCUAAUGGCAUUUCUGAGCCUUGUAUCUCAAUAAUACUCAAAGAAGCUCUAAUGGGUCUUUGUUAUCUUCAUGAUCAAGGCCAUCUUCAUAGAGACAUCAAGGCUGGGAACAUUUUAAUGGACUCAAGUGGGUCAAUUAAGCUAGCGGAUUUUGGUGUUUCAGCAUCCGUUUACGAAUCGAGCUCUCGUUAUCUUAUGCUUAACGAAAUCACUGGAACGCCUUACUGGAUGGCACCUGAAGUUAUACAUUCAUACAACGGCUAUAGCUACAAAGCUGAUAUAUGGUCAUUUGGGAUCACUGCACUUGAAUUAGCACACGGGAGGCCUCCACUUUCGCACCUUCCGUUCUCCGAAUCUUUGGUAAUGAAGAUCACCAAAGGCUUACGGUUUUCUGACUACCAGAAAGACGAAGAAAAAGGUCAUAAGAACCCAAAGUUUUCAAAGUAUUUCAAGGACAUGGUGGGACUGUGCUUGGAUCAAGAUCCCUUGAGGCGGCCGACAGCGGAAAAGCUAUUGAAGCAUUAUUUCUUCAAGAACUGUAAAGGGUGCGAUUUUCUGGUGAAGAAUGUUCUUCGUGGAUUGCCUUCGGUGGAACUAAGAUUCAAUGAAGCUAAGCUUCUUCAAAGGGUUGGAUCAAUGAGUAAAUUAGGUCAACAUGAAAUGGAAGAAGAUGAGAAUGAAGAAGAGUUUUUGAUUGGGAGUAACAUGACGAAACACAGAAGGAUUAGUGGAUGGAACUUCAAUGUGGAUGCUUGUGAGCUGGAUCCUGUGUUUCCUCUUGUAGAUACAAGUCCUCAAGAUGAUUUUGUGAAACAAAUUCCAUCUGGGGGUGAAACCAUGAUUUCGGAAAAGAUGGAGGAGUUGGAUGUAAAUAAAGCAAGUUCACCAAGUGUUGAUGGUGAUGGAGAGGUUGAUAAAGGUGGUGGUGUUGAUAGGGAAGUUGUGGUGGGAAGUUUGAUGGCAUUGAAGAAAAGUUUGGAUGAUCAAAGAGAGAAGGUGGUGUACAUGCUUGCAAUGGCAGGAGCUGAAGAAACAGCUGUAGGAGAUGGUGAAGCUGAAAAUGGCAACAGAGAAGAGCAGUUAAUGCAAGUGAUUCAGAAGCUAAGAUCUGAUUUGGAGAAUGAGAAGAGAAAGAGGACAAGCAUGGAAAUGGAGUUGGAGGUUUUCAAGUUGCACAUCACAAAUACCUAAGGUUUUACACCUCCUUAAACACGGAAAAUCGUGUGAGAACAAGAGUUAAAAGUAAAAAACAUAACAAGGGGAUCAAGUUAAUCUCAAACCCAC